AUGGCGUUUGCUAGGACAAAUGUCAGUUUGUCCCAGCCGGAUAUAACGCAAAAAAUGACGGAGAGCAUAGAUGAUCUGAAGCAGAGAAUCGCUGCUUGGGGAAAACGGAUUCGGCGAUAUACCGAGAGGUCGACACGGUUCAACCAGAAUCGUCUCUUCCAGAGUGAUCAGAAGAGGCUCUAUGAAUCAUUGGAGCGACCAAUGGUAAGUGGAACGGGUCCAGCACCGAAUCAGGCCGACACUGUAGCAUUCUGGCGCGGCCUGUGGUCAGAGCCCGUAAACCACAGCGAGGGCCCUUGGACGGAAGUUGUGGCGAGUCAGUGUGCGGGUAUUACGCCCAUGGACCCCGUCAUCAUAACGCCGGAUGACGUAGCUGAGGCGGUCCGUAGGGCCCCGAACUGGAAAAGUCCGGGGCUUGACGGGCUGCAUCACUACUGGCUGAAGGGGUUCAUGGAUAUGCAGCACGCAAUUCUGUGCGAAUGGCGAAUGGUAUUCGACACGCGAAGUUUUGUCUAA